AUGUUAUCUCAGAGAGUAGGAGUAUCUAUGAUGUUGCCCCGCAAUCUGGCCCUACGCCAUAUCAAUCUAGUAGCGAGACGUGUGAGGCUAGUGCGUAAUCAGUCUACCGAAGUGAAUAGUACACCCACAUUUGUUCACCCGGUAUCGAGGCUCGGCAAUGAGCUGAAUGAACAAUUGAAGUCCAGCACUGGCGAUUCAAACGCGAUAUACACCUCGCUGAAGGAUGAGCUGGCCCAGCUAUCGGAGACCAUGAAAGACCCAACGCUCUUGCAGCGGUCGUUUGGGCUGAAUGGUCCAUUGGUUAGUCUGCUGAGGAAAAGCACUGCAGAAGAGGGAUCGGCAGUUGAUCCUUACCAAAUUUUGAACACGAUGUGUCAAUUCCAGGUUGCUAGGUCGCCCCAUUUCGAGAUUGUUCUUAGAUAUCUGCUGCAAAAUGGCUCUCCUCAGGAGGUCAUUGCAUUGUGGGUCAAGUAUCUCGAAACCAUUGCUGAAAAUCCAAACGCGCUGAUUCAGUCCUUCAGGAAUAGAAAUGGCAAUAAUAACUCUCAUGAGAACAGCAUUGCCUUGACCACAUUGGCGUAUCUUUCCUUGCCUGAUAAUAAGCCUGACCUGAAUAUCUUGUAUCAAAUUUUGCAACUGGACAAGGAUGCUGGGCAACAAAUUCCCUUUAGUAGAGUUAGCUUUUUGAAUGACUCCAUCUUCUCUUCGAAUCCAGACAUGAAAAAAAUCAUCGGGGAACGUUUGGACAAUAUGUUAUAUCAGUACAUUAGCACCAACAAAGAUUCCUAUUUGAGAAAACUAGACAAGACUUUACAGCCGUAUCAUUUGCAAGAUCUAUAUCAACAAUAUCGAUCGGUUAUACAAGUGAAUAGUAGUUCCAAUCCUGAGGUCUCGGCAGAUCCCGAAAUCUUGCAGAAAUUUAUGGAAAGGUUCGUAUCUUUCAAUAAGCCUAGCCAGGCCGUCAAAGUUUUCAAUGACUUCAAGACGUUAAACUCUUCGCUUUUGAGUGACAAACUUUUGCUAGCUGUCGCUGGCCUACCUGCUCCUACGAGACAACUAAAAAUGGAUAGAAUUCUAGCCAUUUGGAAUAGCGUCAUCAAACCGGCGACACCAUCUGCAUCUUCAUACGCUUGUCUCUUGGAGGCGCUCGGGAUUUCUGGGAACUUUUUCCAGUUACAAAAUAUGUGGUCGAAAGAGGUUCCAGAAAGUUUCAAGCAGGACUCUCAUUUGAGAGAAUCUUAUUUAUCCAGUUUGUUAAGGUACGAUGAUAAAGUAACAUUUAAUAAUGUAUCUGAUAAAUUACCUGAAAAAAUUGAGUCAAUCGAAUUAAUCAAUGCGGUUUUACUCAAAAUGAUAAAAGGUAAUGCACCUGCUGAAAAAUUCGAAUCCUUUUAUGCACAUCAAUUUAUGAAGUCGGAUGAUGCUGAAAAUAAAAAUUUUGAGAGAAGACCCAAUAUUGAAACUUUGGCUAUAAAAAUGUGGGCAAACUACUGUUAUGCAAAGGAUGCAUCGACUUUUGAUUUUUUGAAAAGUAUUUCCCAAACCAACAGAAAUUUACUGAAGGUAAACGCCCUCAUUGAACAGUUUAUCCAAAUAGUCCCAUCGACAGUUCCAAUCCGUGAACUCUAUAAGCAAACGAAGGACCCAUUAGAUUCAAGGAAGUAUGGGAAUUUCAUUGGGGCAGAAUUUGAAAAAUCGGAUGGUAGUUUUGAAGUUGCAGAAGAAAUAUUCAGGGAUUUCCUUAAAGGUUCAAAAGCGCAAACUAAGAAAAUCGAUAGAUUUGUAAUUGAACCUUUGAUAGCGGGGUUCUGUGAGUACUCAAUUCGUCAACACGAUAUCAGUUUUCUCCUCAAAGUUUCUACCUACGUUGCGUUCGCUUCUCAAGUUGGUUCAGAAUUGACAUAUGUUAUCACUGCCAAGAUACUACACACAAUUGCGAUUCUAUCAAGAGAGACUAAUGGAAAGUUCGAGAAGAGCGCACUUGAAUUCAUUAAUCCAUUUUUGCAAAGCUUACUUGAUGUUGAAGACUUUAACCCAAACAGCAGAGACCUAGAUUUAUUGCGGAAAAGUAACGUUACUGUGCCUAAAGAACUCUCGUAG